CUGCUGAUCGGUGGAGUUACUUAGCAAGCAUUGGACUGGAAUGAGACCAAGGAGAACAAACGUGGCCAGGUGACAAUUCUCCUUGCGACGACGAUCGCGGGCUAAAUCCCGAUCGACAUGCACCUAAGAAGUGCUGAAGAAUGCGGUCCACAACGAGGCAGAUGGUCGUUCAAGAUUCCUGAUGGGGAACGUGGUCGACGGCUCCCACUGUGUCCCAGCUCGGGCUCGAGAUGGCGGUCUGUGCUCAAGCCAGCGCCAUCCCUUGCAUUUAUAUUGGCGGAGGAGAUAUAUUGUUGUGCAGCUGUCUGAAAGGAUAAGUCGUGGCCGAUCAUCCUUCGAGACCUCGCGGGCCGAAAGAAGAGGGACCACUGUUGCAAACAGCAGAAUCCUGGAUCGACCCUUCCCCAGCGGGGCACGGAAUUCCCCCUCCAUAGGCUUUGCAGCUCAGGAAUCAUCCUCGACUCUUGGAGACUUCACAACAAACAUCGAGCCCGUAUCCAGACGCCCAGAAUGACGAGUCUCAGUUUUCAGUCUGAUGUGUCUCUCUCGCAACGACUGACCCCUGCAUUCUCGAUGUGAUGAGAAAACCUUAAUUGCGCUAUUCUUCUUCUGACUGAGGGGCAGCUUAUCACUCGGCAAUCAAUUCCGAGGCUAGACAAGGAUGUGUGCAAUGAACAAAGCAGACGCGCAGGCAGCGAUGCACACGCUGGC